CUCAACUCGUAGGUAACAACUAGUCAGUUGCUCCUUCCCCAGCCAAGUGUUAAGGUUACUUUUGACAUAUUCUCUUGAGUCACCAUAGAAUCCUUCACAGCGGAAUGGUUUUGUCUCUUGAUUGUCUUCCCGAAGAGUUGCUACAACAUAUUCUCCAUUACUGCCAACCUUAUACCACGGCUACACUAGAGCAGACAGCACGCCGGUUUCGUGGCGUAACAAAUGAACCAGCAUUAUGGCGCCAUUACUGUUUGAGUAAUUUCGAGUUUUGGGCUCCUGAGCAUGAACUUCCAAGGAGGCUAGCAGCUCCUAUAUCAGGAACAGAUUGGAAGAGGCUUUACAUUCUGAAGCAUACGAGCUACCGCGCAACUUCACGCCUGCUGGAUAGCAUCAUCUGCAGCCAGGUCGGAAGAAUCCAGAAGUUCCAAGCAAUCACAGACCUUGGGUUUGAUGCUAAAGAUGCUCUUUCACAUAACCUUUUGGUGAGAUCUAAGGCAGAUGACCAAUUGGCACGGAGAUACUAUGCUGGAGCAGUGUUGUCUUGUCUUCAUCGAAGCUUUGCCAUCCGCGAAUGGGCAAAAUUGAGAAGUGGGGAGCAAGUCUCUCUGAGCAGAGCACUUGCGGCGUUCGAUCUCUUUAUUUGUGAGAGUGGGUUUGGCAGUCUCGAGGAGGUUAUCAGCAGGCUAGAUCAGAUCAUUCCAAUGUUGGUCGCCAAUUACCCUGAAGUUCACCUGAAGACGAGCCGUGAUAAGGCCAGGACGAUUGCCAGAUUCCUGAGAGCGAACAAUCUCACUGGUAUUGAACCGGGAAGGGGCUACCAUUGCUUGGAUCACAAUUUCAUAGGUGUUUCGCUGAAAGAUCCAUCGCAUAAUUCACUCCCCUUAGUUUCGGCUGCCAUUUAUUGCCAUGUCGCACAGGGGCUAGGCCUGGACGCCCGGCCAUGUGGAUUCCCUUUCCAUGUUCACGUGAUUGUCACGCCACCAGUCGGGUUUGAUAUCGAUGAUCAGGAAGUCGAAGCUGGAACACGAGGGCCUCCAAUUUAUAUGGAUCCAUUUAGGUCAGAUGAAGAGACACCGGUCGCGGACUUACAACAUCAGUUGAACUUCCUGGGAGCCUCUGCUGCAGAGGAAGCGAUGUUCCUUGGUGAUUCCGAGAUAUCAGAGAUCGUACUUCGUUGCAGCAAGAACAUUCUGAACUCUCUUCAGCGCGGUAGUAACUCCCGGCAUGCACGGUCUGCAUCGGUUGAUUUGGUUAGUGCUAAAUAUGCGGCUCUCUGGUCAUACAUACUGCUUUCAGAUCCAGCUCGGCCAAUCGAAUUGAGACAAAAUCUGCCAUGGCUGAUGGAACUUCUAGCUAUGGAAUUUCCAGCCGAUAUAAAUAUGGUUGAGCAGUUCAUCACUCCACUUUUUGACGGCACGGCUGAGUAUAACCAUAUCUUGGAAAGCCUUCAUGUUAUGCGGGCUGUGGACAGUAUUCCGAGAGAAAUCAAAAGACGCUCUCCUCAAGAUGAUAGAGUCAAGUAUCGAAUUGGACAGGUCUGUAGGCAUCGUCGAUAUGCAUACAGCGCCAUCAUCACCGGGUGGGAUGUGGAGUGUGGUGCAGGCGAACAGUGGAUGAGGAGAAUGGAGGUUGACCGUCUCCAAGACGGCCGACACCAGAGUUUUUACCGGGUACUUGUUGAUGAUAGAAGUGUUCGGUAUGUUGCAGAGGAGAACAUUGAGCCUAUUAUAACGGAGUUGAUGGAUUUGCCGCACACCCUUGUUGCAAUUGCGGGCAGAUACUUCAAAAGGUGGGAUAGCAACAGGAGGGUCUUUGUGAGUAAUAUUAAGGAUGAGUACCCUGAUGAUUAAUUAGGUACGGGGUCAAGGACAGUACCGAUCUGUAUACCAAAAAUUAUUAAACUGUACUAAUUUUCUUAUUAUAAUACCAGUACAGAGGUGCGCGCCAAAAGUCUUCGCCCCCUUGGACCCACUUACCCGUUCGUUUCUGUAAUGCC